CGAACUCGCUUAGAGAUCCACUCGCGCUUUAUUGGCCCGUUGUCCGCGCACACUCCAGAGUCAAGUUCUACGUAGUCACGCACAUAGGAAAGAGCUAUCACCACAUCGCAAAAAUGGCCAACCCCCGCAUUGAAGAGCUCCCCGAUGAGCCUGAGAAGAAGAACGUUCAGAUUGAGGAGGAUGAGUCCAGCGAAUCCGAGGAGGAGGGCGAUGCCGUGAUCCCCCAGGGCUCGUCGGUCACCGUCCACUCCCGCAACGAGAAGAAGGCUCGCAAGGCCAUCGCCAAGCUCGGCCUGAAGCACAUCGAGGGCAUCACACGCGUCACCCUCCGCCGACCGAAGAACAUCCUCUUCGUCAUCAACCAGCCCGAUGUCUACAAGUCCCCCUCCAGCAACACCUACAUCAUCUUCGGUGAGGCUAAGAUUGAGGACCUGAACUCCCAGGCCCAGGCUUCCGCCGCCCAGCAGCUUGCCCAGGCUGAGCAGCAGGGUCACGACCACGCCGGUCACGACCACGACCACGACCACGACCAUGACCACGCACACGACGAGUCCAAGGGCAAGGUUGAGGAGAAGGCCGAGGAGGAGGAGGAUGAUGGUGAGGAGGUCGAUGACUCCGGUCUCGAGGCCAAGGACAUCGAGCUUGUCAUGCAGCAGGCGUCCGUCUCCCGCAAGAAGGCCGUCAAGGCCCUGAAGGAGAACGACAACGACAUCGUCAACUCGAUCAUGGCUCUUAGCAUAUAGACACCUGUCUUGUGCGAGGGAAAGUCAAACUUGACUUGCUUGGGCAUGGCAUCCGCGAAGGAUCCGCGUAGCUCAUGAGCAAGAGACAUGAAAAUGAAUCUGUGCAAGUCUCGUAUCAUGUGCACCGCUCGCGUUUGAGUGUUUCUGUGAUGUUAUGCCGAUGUGGAUAUUGAUAACGACUAGCUGGAGCCAGUCUCCUGGCGCUUUCAUGCAGCUGGCUUUGUAAAUUGCCUGAGUUGCCUCCGGUAUUUACCUACCUUUGAAAGCUGUUGUUGUGACGCCCUCAGUACUGAUAUCGAAUGCUGUUUCUCAGCCCCGAGGCUGACCACAUUGUCAAUCAGAACAACCAGCGAAAUAUGUCUAACAUUCUUUGAGAGUAGAAGGCAUGCUGAAUAGUCUGGUCCGCGGUUUUGCAAGACAGGGUGCUC